CCAUGCCCACCACACAGAGCUUUGCCCUUGACCCCAAGUAUGCCACCCCCAAGGUCAUCCAAGCACAGGGCAAGGACUGCUCCAAGGGACCCUGUAUCCUGCCCAUCGUCAAGGACGGGCAGAAGGUCAGCAGCACCCAUUACUACCUGCUGCCCGAGCGCCCUGCCUACUUGGACAAGUAUGAGAAGUUUUUCAAGGAGGCCAAAAGCCCCGAGGAGGUGUCAGCAUCCCGCCUGGUCACCACAGCCACUGUCCGUCCCAUGGUGCAGCAGCCACCGGCGGACUGCAAGGCCAACUUCUCCUCCAACAACAGCAACCCUGGGCCCAAAUGCCUUGUGAAAGCCUCCUGCAGCCUCCAGAAGAUUGUCUAUGAUGGUCCAGAUGGCUGCCGCCCCACCGACAAGAUCCGGCUGGUGCAGGACACAGUGCAUGGUGUCACCACCGAGGAGUGCCAGGCAGCCCUGCAGAACCACGGCUUGGAGCACCCAACGAGCUAUCCAGUACCUGAAGGUGGAGCAGCUAUUCUGCUUGGGGCUGAAGUCCCGCGUUGAGUGCCACCGGGUGCUGGAGAUGUUUGACUGGAACC